AUGAGUCGCUUUCUGAAUGUGCUGCGGAGCUGGUUGGUGAUGGUGUCGGUCAUCGCUAUGGGGAACACUGUGCAGAGCUUUAGAGACCACAGCUUUCUAUCCGAGAAGCUCUAUACAGGAGCCCCAGAGUAUGAUGACAUCUUUCUCACAGUAAAUGGACUUCAGGCGCGGACAUUUGGAAUCUGGACACUUCUGUCGUCCAUCAUUCGCUGCACUUGUGCCAUUGAUAUCCAGAACAGAACGCUUUAUCAUAUUACUUUAUGGACAUUUGUUCUGGCAUUGGGACAUUUUGUAUCGGAGGCCUUCAUUUACAAAACAGCCCCCCUGACCAUCGGUGUCAUGGCCCCUCUGAUAGUAGCAAGUUUUUCUAUUAUAGGGAUGCUCAUAGGUUACCAGUGUAUCCCAGAGACACAGGAUGACAUCGGAGCCAGACAGAAGAAAAGGAAUUGA